UAAAACUUCAAACCAAACUGAAACGAACUUUCUAUUCUGCUAUUAUUUCGUGAGUAUUUUGAAUAUAAAAAAGGCUGUGUGUUAAUCACUUUCCAAAUUAAAUUUCAUAUUUUUUAUAAAAAUAAUAUUUUCAUUAGAUAUAGUAUUAAAUCUUAAUAAGGGCAAGACAAAUAAAAAACACCUUGGUACCUGAAGGCCUUUAAAGGUUUUUUGAAAAAAGGCCAUUGGCCUUGCCAUUUUUGGCUAAAACAAAAAUUUUUUGUUCUAUUAAAAAUUUUUGCAAAUUGUAUAUUAUAAAGCAACACCUAGUAUAUAUAAAUUUAGUGGAUAUUAAAUUAUAAUAAUAGAUGUAUUAUAUAAUAUAAAACAAAAUAUUUGCCAAUUUAUUUUCCUGGUAGAGAAUUUAACAUAUUCGUAUACAGAUAUAUACAUAGGUACAUAGUAAAUAACAUAUUUAUAGCAAAAAGAAGAGAAAAAUAAAAAUUAUCAUUACAUUUAAUAUAAUAUAUAAAAGAAAAUUUAAACUUGUGAUAUAAUUUAAAAUAAAUAUAUAAAAAUAAUAUUCCCAUAUCAAAGAAUUUAAAAUAUCCUACCUAAUAAAGCAAAAAAUACCUAAUAAUACACAAUAUAAAUUAAACAGUAAAUAUAUAAACUUGGUUAAACAUUAAAAAGCAUAAGAUAAUUAAAAGUUAUUUGAUAAAAUAUCAAAAUGUCACAAUAUUCGCAAAGUAACGAACAAAAUCAAGCAGGUCCUUCGGGGAUCCCAAAUUCGUAUCAAUAUACAACCGCAACAUCAACAAAUUCUUUAUCUGGAAAUUUAACUUCAACAUCGUCUUCUUCAAGUAACAACAAUCCAAUACUAGAAAGUUCAGUGCAUAGGUUCUUUAAAGAUUCCUAUUAUAAUAGCAGAAUUAGAGGAAAUACUGGAUUAUAUGAUUACAACAAUAUGGGCACAUGUUUUCCAAAUUAUGAUCAAAAUAAUUACCUUCCUUCUGUUCCUAGUACCAGCAAUCAAAACUAUUCAUUUAAUAAUCCACUGUAUUAUAAUGGAAUAUCAAGUUUUAAUGAUACGGCGAACCCAUUCUUUUACAAUUCAAAUUACAAUAAUCAAGGGUUCUUUGACAACACUUUUUAUCCCUCUACAAGUGGAAUGCUACAAGCAACUGCGUCAGAAUUCAUACCAAGAUUCAAUAAUUUAAAUCUAGAAGAUUCAACUAACAACUUUACUUUAAACUCUAGUACAAAUUCUAAUGCUCAAACUAUAUCAGAAGAGGCAAAAUCAAUUGACACAAAAAAUUCGACUUCAACUCAUAAAAGUUCAAAUAAUCAGAAUCAUAAUUGGCCAAAAAAUGACAAAUACCAACGUAAUAAUACUGAAUCUUAUAAUAAUAAUCGUUCUGAACGUUCGGAAAUAAAUAGUUCAGAAAAUUUCAAUAAUUAUAAUAAUCGACGCUCUCAAAAUAAUCAAGCACGAAAUCAAUAUCAGAAGUAUGAUAAUCAUAGGCAUAGUAAGCGCCGAGAUAAUUGGAAUCGUAAUCGGGUAACGGAAUUGAACGAAUCAUCACAUUCGGGGAAUAACAAUUCAAACUCUCAUACUCAAAAUUCGCCACGUAAAUCGAACUCAGAGCAUUCAUCUCCAAGAUCAACAAAAGAUAGUCCGAAACGGCCUCAGCUUAUUAUAAAUCCUCAAAGUCCAGAAAAUGAAAAACUAUCGCAGAGAGAAAAAUUAAUAAGAGAAAUAGAAGCCCGCCGUCUUGAAUGCCUUGUGUGUGUUGAAAGUAUUAAAACACAUCAACAUGUUUGGAGCUGUUUAAAUUGCUAUCAUAUUUUUCAUUUAAACUGCAUAAUUAAAUGGGCAUCAAGCUCAAAAUCGGAAGAUGGAUGGCGUUGUCCUGCUUGCCAGAAUAUCUUAAAACAAAUCCCGAGGGAAUACUAUUGUUUUUGUGGUAAAGUAAAAAAUCCUGAAUAUAACCGUAAUGAUUUAGCUCACAGUUGUGGAGAGCUAUGUGGCCGUAAAGACAAUUGCUCUCAUCCUUGUACAUUAUUAUGUCACCCAGGACCUUGUCCACCCUGUCAAGCACUUAUUACUCGGCAAUGUGGUUGUGGUAAGACUGUAAAAUCGAUGCAGUGUUAUUUGAAAGGAGAUAUUGAAUGCGACUUGAAAUGUGAGAAAAUAUUAAAUUGUGAACUACAUACGUGCGAAGAAAAAUGUCAUCAAGGGAAAUGUCCCGCUUGUACACACAAAGUUGAUCAGAUUUGUUUUUGUGGCAAAAAUGAGAGACAAGUUGCAUGUACACGUGAUACAAUCGAAAAGAAAACAUACAGUUGCGGUAAAUUGUGUGGAAAAGACUUGACAUGCGGAAAUCAUAAAUGCAAAGAUAUUUGUCACAAAGGUGAUUGUAGACCAUGUAAAAUGAUUCCCGAAUUAAUCACAUCUUGUCCAUGUGGGAAAAUGGCCAUAGCAAAAGAUGAAAGGAAAUCGUGUUUAGAUCCAAUACCUGUCUGUACCGGUAUUUGCGGGAAAACUUUAAAAUGUGGAUCACCUUCAAAACCUCAUCUUUGCGUAAGUAAAUGUCACGUUGGGAAUUGUCCACCUUGUAAUAAGCAGACUGCUGUAAAAUGUCGAUGCGGUCAUAUGGAUCAAAUGAUUAAAUGCCGCCAAUUGUCGACUAGAGCUGAUGAUGCUCGUUGUAAAAAGCGUUGUACGAAAAAACGAAGUUGCGGAAAACAUAAAUGCAAUCAAGAAUGCUGUAUUGAUAUAGAUCAUAUUUGCCCUUUGCCUUGUAACUAUACUUUAACUUGUGGCAAGCAUAAAUGUGAUCAACCCUGCCAUCGGGGGAAUUGUCCACCAUGCUAUCGUAGCUCAUUUGAUGAAUUGUACUGUGAAUGUGGUAAAAAUGUUAUUUAUCCGCCGGUACCGUGCGGGACGAAACGACCAGCUUGCGAUCAACCAUGUACAAGACAACAUCCUUGUGAUCAUCCUGUUCAACAUACUUGUCACUCAGCAUUACAAUGUCCACCAUGUUUUGUUUUAACCACAAAAUGGUGUUUUGGUCAUCAUGAACAACGAAAAACAAUACCAUGUAAUCAAGAAAGUUUCACUUGUGGUAUGCCAUGUGGUAAAGAUUUACGUUGUGGCCGUCAUAAAUGCAUUAAACUAUGUCAUGAUGGUCCCUGUGAAGCAGAAUCCGACAUUUGCAAACAGUCAUGUAAAACUAAAAGAUAUGAUUGUGGUCAUGCAUGUAUGGCACCAUGCCAUGACGGUGAAUGUCCUGAUACGCCAUGCAAAGAAUUAAUUGAAGUACAGUGUGAAUGUGGAAACCGUAAACAACAACGAACAUGUCAAGAGGUUGUUAGAGAAUAUCGUAGAAUCGCAACGGCAGCAUUAGCAUCGUCUGUAGCUGAAAUGCAACGAGGCAACACCAUUGAACUAAGUGAUAUUAUGGGACCAAUGAAGCCAACUAACAAUAAAACGCUUGAAUGUAACGAUGAAUGUAAAGUACUAGAACGCAAUCGUCGUUUGGCCAUUGGGUUACAAAUACGAAAUCCAGAUACUUCACAAAAACUUUUAACCCGUUAUUCCGAUUUCGUAAAAAGUUGGGCAAAAAAAGAUCCGCAUUUGGUUAAAACAAUACAUGAUGCAUUAACUGAUUUAGUUCAAUUAGCCAAACAAAGUCAACAAAAAUCAAGGCGCCAUUCAUUCCCCGUUAUGAAUCGUGAAAAACGUCAGUUAGUGCAUGAAAUGUGUGGUAUGUUUGGUGUUGAUUCUGAGGCUUAUGAUGCUGAGCCAAAUCGUAAUGUUGUCGCUACAGCAUAUAGAGAAAGGUCCUGGCUUCCAGCAAUGAGUAUAAUGGAGGUUAUGAAACGUGAAGCAGGUCAGCGUAGAGUUCCAGUUCCAAAUAAUAAUGCAUGGGGCGUUAAAAAAUGAGUUAAAAAUUUACAAAAUUUUGUUUUCUUUUACAUUAUUUUUAACUAUAUGCCUAACUUUUGUUAAGUUUUCAAAUGAUUAAGUAGUAAACGAAUCAUUUCAUUUUGUUUUUCUUUUAUACAUAUUAUAUAAUUUUCGCUAAUACAAAAUUGUAAAGUAAUGCAAAAUUUAAUUGUUCAUAUUUAAUUGGAAUAUCACAAGGAAAAGUGGUUAUGUAAUCCAUUUCAAAGAAAAAGAUUUUUUUUUUUCAUAUAAAAACUUUAAAAGUUUUAAUCUUAAAAACAAAAUGUAAUUAAGAAUUGAACAUUAAAAUUUUGUAAUAAGUGAAUUUAUUUGAGAAAAAUUUUUUUUCU